AUGUCGCGCGAUCGCGCGUACGCGACGCGACGAGGGACGAAGUCGAGCUCGAGCGCGGAUGAGGCGGCGAGCGGGACGCGCGGCGACCUGGCGUCGACGCCGGAGAGCGGACGGUACGACGAAAUCACCGAUAAGUGGAUCCCGGAGAAGCCGGUGAGCGUGGUCGAGGGCGCGUCGUACGGCGCGGUGGGGCUGAUCGGGCUCGGGAUCGCGGCGGGAGCGGUGUGGUACGGGGCGUCGGAGUUGUUGGUGACGCCGCGAGAGCAAAAGGUGUUCAACGCGGCUAUGGAUAAAUUACACGAUGACGUGCGCGUCACCGUCGCGCUUGGAUCGCCGAUGACGGGAUAUGGGAGCGAAAGCCGCAGUCGGAGCGCGAGACACAGGAUCGCGCACAGAGUGGUGAUCGAUGAGAGAGGACGCGAGCGGUUGCGCGUGCAGUUUCACGCGCGCGGCGCGAGAGGAAGCGCCGUGGUGCACGCUGAGGCGGGCUUAGACGAGUCGACGGGGAAGUGGGAGUUUCAAUACAUCAUCGUGGACGUGCAAGGCGCGAACCCGACGCGGAUUCACGUCGUUUCGCCGCAAGCGCAGCCACGGCGUCUGGUCGCGUUGUAG